AUGUCUGUGCCUCAAGAAUCCGUUUCCAACGACAUUACCACCGUUCCGGGAACCAGCAGCCAGAGGCUCUUAAUUCAACCUGAAAAUAAUAAUUCAUUGCCAUCUAAUAAUGCUUGUUUUCAACAAGCAAUGUUUGAUGGUGUUAGUCAAAGGUAUGAGCCACCAAGAACUCCGGGAAUUAGCAACAACCCUGGUGGCGAUGAAACAGGACCCAUGAGAUAUGCUCGUCAGCGUCAACAGCAGCCUCUUUUUAAUCGACAAUAUGAGCAAUCAGUUCAAACUCAAGCAAACGCCGUAUCAGUCUCAACACAGACAGAUUUUAUGGGAGAGACUAGCAAUUCAGUACAACCUGCUGAACCGUCAUCAUCAACAUCAAUGCAAGAAAAAUACUCUGAAGUAGUGGUUAAUGGAUCAAAUAGGACAAUAGCAAAUCCAAGUACGAGGAAAUUACGACUUAAGAAAAGGAAAGUUGAAGAUGACACGAAACCAAAGCCGAAAUUUAAAAAGUUAUAUUAUCCUCCUGAUUUUAAAUAUGUAAGGGCAGAAUCUACUUAUAGGGAAAUGUAUAGAGUUCUCGCACCUCCUAAAGAUGAUCCACUUGCCAAGACUCGAUAUUCCACAAGAAGGAAAUUACCGUCGCGAAAAUCUCCUCAACCUUCGCCUCCUAGUUCGAGAGUUUCUAAUGAGGCUUCAUCUGGAUCGCAAGAAGCAUCUUCAUCUACGUUAACUACAUCAGAUCAAAUGACGUCUCCAAUAUCAGUUUCUUCAUCACGUGUUACGGAUAUUUCUAUCAAUAAAAAUAACGGUAUCGGUGCUGGUAUUGUUGGUGAAACAACGGAAACGCUUCAACCCAUUGAUAGACAACAACCAAUUGCUGUACAUAGUAAGAAAGAUGAAGUUACUCAAGAAAAGAGAUCUCGUGAUAAAAUCGAAAACGAAGGUAAUUCCAAGAGAGCUACAAAAAUCAAGAAAUUAGACCACUCAGCAUCAUCAUUAGAUAAGCAGGAGGAGAAUGAAAUGAGGCCAAGAAGUGUAAAGACGAGCACAAAAUCAGUUGUUAUCGAAACAACAAUCGCUUCAUCUACAUCAACAAAAACGUCGACUACCAAAAGAAAGAGACAACCGAAUAUUAUUAGUGCAAACUUUUCUUCGGAUGAAGAAGAAGAUAAGGAAAAAACGAUAGUCGCAAAUAUUGAGAAUAAUAAUAUUGGUGCAUCGUCAGCUUCGCCAAUAAUUACAGAAAGUUUUAAUACUGCAUCAACAUCUAAAGUAGAAGAAUUCACAGAUGAUUCUACGUCUCUAAAACCACCUAUUAAGAAAUCAAAGCAAUCGCCGACUACAUCAACAGCAACAGUAAAGGCAUCAAAUACAGCUAAACAUGUAUCAUGGGCAAAUAAGAUUUCAUCAACGGCAAAUUUUGCACCGCAAAAUACGGAAAUGAAUUCAAGUUCGGAAAGUAUCUCAGUUCAACAUGAAGAGACAAUAAUAACGACCACUACAGAAGAGACAGAUAAAAAUGGUGAGACGGUCACAGCUCCUUCAGAAGUUCCGAUAGCUAAUUCAGGAUAUAUGACGCCAAUAAGACCGUCUUCACCUGCUGUACCUGGUUCAGCAAUGUCGAUAUCACCACCAGCUGAGUUCUUUUCAACUAAUAAAGAACAAAAAGUAGCAGAAACACCAAAUAUUUUCCUACCUACGACAUCAGAAAUUACAACUACGGGCGCAGCUGAUGUUGCUACUGGUGCAGCUGGUGGAGAGACUGCCGGUGAACAAAAUGUUGCUGAAAUUUCAAUUAUUAAUAACGCGACAAGCACGCCUGAUGAUGUGCCAAUGUUAGUGGAUACUCCAACACAAUCAGUUGCAAUAACUGACAGUAAUAUCCAAUCAGAAACUACAUCUAUAGAAACAUAUUCUGCCGCUAUACCUUUUUCAAUGAAUGCAGAUUUAAAUUUCAAUCUUGAUCCAAACAUUAAAUUCGGUAAUUCGUCUUUUCAAUCGUCAUCAGUUCCACCACAAUUCACAUCAAGAUCCACUACACAGAGAAGUCAAUCCAAAAUUAAAAGAACACAUUCAUCAAUAGUAACUAAUGAAACCGAACAAAUUGAUCCAUUUCAAUUUUCAUUACCAUCAAUAAAUGGAUCCGGGUUUCUUCCUUUACAACAGCCAUCAACAAAUGGAACUGAAUUUAAUGUUUUUCAACCACAGCCAUCAACAAAUGGAAGUGAAUUUAAUGCUUUCCAACAACAGCCAACAAAUGGAACUGAAUUUAAUGCUUUCCAACCACAGCCAUCAACAAAUGGAACUGAAUUUAAUGCUUUCCAACAACAGCCAUCAACAAAUGGAACUGAAUUUAACGCUUUCCAACAACAGCCAUCAACAAAUGGAAGUGAAUUUAAUGCUUUCCAACAACAGCCAUCAACGAAUGUAACUGAAUUUAAUGCUUUCCAACAACAGCCAUCAACGAAUGUAACUGAAUUUAAUGCUUUCCAACAACAGCCAACAAAUGGAACUGAAUUUAUUGCUUUCCAACCACAGCCAUCAACAAGUGGCACUGAAUUUAUUGCUUUCCAACCACAGCCAUCAACGAAUGUAACUGAAUUUAAUGCUUUUCAACCACAGCCAUCAACGAAUGGAACUGAGUUUAAUGCUUUUCAACCACAGCCAUCAACAAGUGGAACUGAAUUUAUUGCUUUUCAACCACAGCCAUCAACAAAUGGAACUGAAUUUAACGCUUUUCAACAACAGCCAUCAACAAAUGGAACUGAAUUUAAUGCUUUCCAACAACAGCCAUCAACAAAUGGAAGUGAAUUUAAUGCUUUCCAACAACAGCCAUCAACAAAUGGAAGUGAAUUUAAUGCUUUCCAACAACAGCCACCAACAAAUGGAACUGGAUUUAUUGCUUUCCAACCACAACAAGCAACAACAGAUGUAUCUGGAUUUAAUGUAAUGCCAUUUGUUAAUGGGGCUCCUAGUAAUAAUGUUGCUCCUCCGACAUUUCCAUUCAACCAGCAAUUAAAUCCUGCUACCAAUCCGUUUCCCGGAAAUAAUGCAACCUUUGGAAAUGGGAACAUGUUCCAAGAUGCUACGCCGAAUAAUGCUAACGUGAGUGCAGCAGCACUGGAUCCAAUUAUAGCGGGACGAAAGAUUGCACCAUUGCGUUCUAGAAGAAAGAAGAAUUAA